AUGGCAGGCCGUGGAGGAAGGUCUGCCACAAAGCAAAGAGCACGCAGUGCGAGUUCUACUUCUGAUAUGCUGAAACGCAGACAUAAACAAAACAAAAGGGGGAGGGAUUUUGAGGAACUAGCCACACCAGGGCUGAUUCAGUUGAGCGUUGAAGGGACGGGUAAGUCAAAGCAGAAGGCCAAAGCUCUGCUGCUGCUUCUAAGGGAUUGCUCAGGUAAGGCGAAGGAGAAGCCCUCUCAAAAUUGCCUGGUAAUAUGA